AUGCUUCCUACCAGCGCUGAAGCCUGCGUUCCAGCAGUCGGAUCAGAGACACUGGCUAGCCGCCCGAAGCUCCCAAGACUUCGCACUUUGAAGACCUUCAACUUGCCACCACAGCAAGUUGACGAAGUCUGGCUUUCGACUUCCACUCUACUGUCGACACCGACGUCAGAGAUCCUUGGGGGGCACCCUCUCAGAAUCCUGAUUGCACCGUCUGGUUUCAAGGAGAGCCUUGGUCCAGAAGAAGUCGCAGAUGCUAUCGAAGCCGGCUGCCGCAAAGUUUUGGACGAGAGAUCCGUCAUCAUCAAGAAGCUACCUCUGCACGAUGGCGGAGAGGGCUUUGCUCGGGCUCUGGUAGCGGCCCAUGGCGGACGUAUCUCGAAUGAGACAGUGACGGGCCCGAUCGGCGUUGCGGUCAAAUCACACCUGGGCUUCGUUCAGAAUGACAAAACGGCUGUUUUGGACAUGGCUGCAGCUGCUGGGCUCUGUCUUGUUCCAAAAGACUCACGCGACCCAACUGUGACUACCACCUAUGGGGUCGGAGAGCUGAUCAAGAAAGCGCUAGACGCCGGCUGCACCAAGAUUAUUAUUGGAUGCGGGGAUUCAGGGACUUCCGAUGGCGGCGCCGGUAUGCUUCAAGCACUUGGCGUCCGUCUGCUUGAUGCAGAAGGAAAUGAGCUGCCAAAGGCAGAUGGAGGUCGGGCUCUCUCACGCCUGGACAAGAUUUGUUGGUGCGGUGUCCAUCCCAGACUUCGCAAAGAUGCCGCCGAGAAAGUACAAAUUGAAGCUGUGUGCAACAUCAAGAACGUCCUCUGCGGCCCCCGAGGUGUUGCACGAGUUUACGGUCCUCAAAAAGGUGCCACCCCAGAGCAGGUCGACUUGCUCGCCGUAGCAUUAGAACAAUUGGCUCUCGUUGCGCAGGGCACACUAAAGACAAAAAUUUCGAAUGCCCCUGGUAGCGGUGCCAGCGGAGGUCUUGGUGCUGGCUUAAUGAUGCUUGGCGCCAGACUGCGGGCUCGGAGCGAUGCCAUCAACGAGUACUUCGAGUUUGAUCGCGUCUUUGAAAAGCAGUGGGACUUUGUCAUCACUGCCGAGGGAAGUCUGGAUUCGCAGUCGACCCAGGGCAAAAUGACGACGGAGGUUGCUCGCCGAGCAAAGCGGCGCGGAGCGCAAGUUGUCGCCUUGGCUGGCACCAUCGGAGAAGGAGCGGACGGAUGCUAUGGGGCAGGUAUCAAAGCCUUUACAAGCAUCAUGCGAGGGCCUCUGACGCUGGAAGAAGCAAUUGUACAGACCGAUAACUUGGUAAAGGACGGCGCUGAGAAAGUUGUAAGGAUGAUCAUGGUCGGGCUGGCUCUUGGUAACAGGCACCGCCGCUAG